CUCUUCCAGAACCUGUCGCCUCCUCUGGCACGAGCGAAUAAGGUAGGAGAGGUUAUCACCAUUGUCUCCCUCCUCUUGAGCCUCCUUCGUCGCCUCCUCGUGGGUCGCGGGUCGGUCCUCGGCCGCCGCGGACAGGGCUCUGCGGACGCGCUCUCACCAGGAAUGCAAAGACGUGGCUCUGAUUGUCUAGCAAUUGGAUGGCGUCGGACCCGCGUCGUCUGCAGCUAUUUGAACGCCAGGGCGAGCACGUGCGAGGAGGGCGGCUAGUGCGUCGCUGAAUGACAAGCUUUUCCGGUUGAAUCUUACAGUGUUUAUACAGAAAGAAGAAAGAUAUGUUUCAGGGCAACAUUGAGAAUAUAUCAGAUAAGUGAAAAUGGUUUCGAGGGGCCGGUAUCACAGCUGCGCGGUGUGCGGCGCAAAGAAGAAAAAUAGCGAGAAUCUGAAAUUCCACUUUUUCCCAAGAAAUAAGAAAAGAUGUUUAGAAUGGCUGAAGGUGCUGAACAUAGCAUCUCUUAAGAAUAAAAGCCUCGAACAGUUAUGGAAAUCGUAUGUGGUGUGCAGCAAACAUUUCUGUGAACACCAUUAUACUUUCACUGGUCGUCUGCUCUCAACAGCAGUUCCAAAACCAGAUCAGUACUGUGUUGAUCUUCCUAAUACAGAUGAUAAUCAUCAGCUAAAAGUUCCAAAAUAUGAUUCGUUCACAACAAACUUUGGGGUCAUCAGCCAGAUCUGUUGUUUUGAGGCAGAUGCUGAAGGAUUAACAGAUUCUGAUGCUGAAGAAAUUAUAGGCAAGAACUCCAACAACACAGGUGAUAUUUUAAGGACAGCAUGGAAGAAAGCUGAAGGUGAUUUUUGAAUAGAAGACAAAGACUGACCAGCAUUAUAAAGUGUGCCUACAAGAGAACCCAGUUCC